CGCUGAAGUUGGCGCCGCCAUCUUGGAAUUGGGAGAGGCCGCGUAACGUUCCUGUCGCUCUCGGAGGGUCACGGGCGCGGGGGGGGGAGGAGGAGGAGGAGGACGGGCGCCCGGCGGUGAAUUAACGGCGGCCGCCAACUCGCCUCCCUGACGCCGGGCCGCGGCGGGCGCGGGGGAGGAAGGAUGGUGCAGUCCUGUUCCGCCUACCGCUGCCGGAACCGAUACGACAAAGAGAAGCCCAUCUCCUUCCAUAAGUUUCCUCUUACAAGACCUGAUCUUUGCAAGAAAUGGGAAGCCGCUGUUAAAAGGAAAAACUUCAAGCCAACCAAGUACAGCAGCAUUUGUUCAGAACACUUUACUCCCGAUUGCUUUAAAAGGGAAUGCAACAACAAGCUUCUGAAAGAAAAUGCUGUGCCCACAAUAUUUUGUUAUACUGAACCCAAUGAAAAGGCUGAUGAAUUUGCAGAACAGACAGAAGAUCCACUACCACCUCCUCCACUGCCAUCGCCGCCACCACCACCACCAGCAGCAACUCCAGUACUGCUGCAGUCUCCAUCAACUCCUUUUCAUUUGUCUCAAAUAGAUGCCAGAUUUGUAGAUCCAAGUAUUGGAUUAUUGAUGCCUCCCCUCCAGACCCCUAGCAAUCUUGCUGUUUUUUGUGAUCACAACUAUACUGUGGAGGAUACAGUUCAUCAGCGGAAAAGAAUUCAGCAGCUGGAGGAACAAGUUGAAAAACUGCGGAAGAAGCUCAAGACAGCACAACAGCGAUGCCGGCGUCAGGAAAGACAGAUUGAAAAACUGAGAGAGAUCGUUCAGUUUCAGAAAGAAAAAGACAUAUUGACAGGAAAAGGCUAUGUGAUUCUGCCCAAUGACUAUUUUGAAGUUGUAGAAGUACCUGCCUAGAAGUCAUGAACAUCAGUUUUCACUUUGCUAGGCCAAAAAAUUUAGUUUAAAAAUGAAAUGCUCCUUACUUCUGUGUAUAAGACUCUUCAGAAUUCUAAAAUAAUAAAUAAGUCAUACAAAUGAGA